GAAUAUUUACAAGAAAUUGAAGACCCAAAAAAUAACCAGGAGGUCAAUUAUGACUUACCGGAAAAUCCCACUCCUUUACAAGUAGCCAAGUUUGAAAUCUGUCAGGAAAUUUUAGGUUAUAAAUUAAAAAAUAAUCUGACUCGCCAACAAGUAGCCGCCAAAAUGGAUUUAAGCAAAGCCGAAACCGAAGAUAUUUUAUUUUGUUGUAUUGAAAAAUUUACUUUGGAUAGAUUAGUAGAAUAUGCGAGUAGAUUAUUAGACCCUAUUCAAGAAAUUAUUAAGCAGGAAAAAAUUUUUGAUUUGUUAAUUAUUGACGGCCCCGCCCGGACUAGCCAAGGAACCUUAGAAAUCGCCCGCCGUGCCGAUUUAAUAAUUCAGCCGACCGGGGCCAGUUUAGCCGACUUAAAGCCAUCCGUUAAUGAAUUUCAUGCGUUAGUUAAAGCGGGAAUAAAUAAAAAGAAAUUGGUUUUUGUUCUUAACCAUUUAGCCACUAAAAGCGAGGAAGAAGCAGCCCGGAAAUAUUUAAUCUUGGCGGGUUAUUCAGUUUUCACUCAUUCUUUAAAAGAAAAAGCCUCUUAUCGGUUAAUUCAGAAUGAGGGAAAAAGUAUUAGCGAAGUCAGUUAUAAGAGUUUACAAAAAGAAGCCAAAGAGUUAGUAAAAGAGAUUAUAAAAGAGGCUACGAUUGACUAUGAUUUACAGGGAAAAUAUAGAACAGUGACUUAUACAACGCCAAUUGAAAGGGCCAUUUAUUAUGUUUGUCCUGAUUGUUUUAAGAAAAUAGAGCAAGAAUUAGCCGAGGAAAAGAGAAAGAGAGAGCGCAUGGACUGA